UCUAAUCGCCAGCACGAAGCUGGUUUGAUUUUUACAGUUAUAUUGCGGCUUCGUCUAAACCCAAAGCUAAAAAACUGUAUUGAUAACAAAUUUUUAGAAUCCAGAAAUCUUUUUGUUCCAGUUUUCUCUUUACCCCUCAUUUUUUUCGACCCGAUGCCAACAACAACGACGUUACCUCUACAUCAUCAACCUCAUCAUCGAAAUAGCAUUUCUAAUCUUUUAAUUAAUAAAGAAAAGACAAACGAUAGCAUACCACCUUUACCUUCAUCAAAUACCUUUGAGAAUCGAACAUCACCCAUAUUAUCGUCGACGUCGAGAAAAUUCUGCGCUUUAGUCGUAGUGACCAUCAUUCUAUGUUAUUCGUUUAUCAAGUCUACUUCUUUCACAAAGAGGGAGAAUGAGAAUGGCACUACUCUAUCCUUAUCUACAACAGUAUCAGGUAGUGCUGUCAACGAUUACUUGAAUAUUAAUCCUUUAGCUUGGGCACCAACUCUCUCAGACAAGAUUGGCAAAAGUGCUUUCUCAAAAUCCCAGUUUACUACAGAGGCGUUAGAACAAAACGAACUAAACCCUGUCUCAGCGGUCAUACUAAGAGUAACCGACGAUGAUAAAAGUAUAAUACAUACAGUUAAUCAUCUAUUGAAGUAUCCUUUUAUCAGCGAUAUUUCUAUCUUCAAUCAAGUAAAAAAUAGGCCGCUAACGUUAAAGGUAUAAUACAAAAAAGCCUCGCUGUCAAGCACUGCAAUAUAGUUAAAACUCUCGUUUGUCAUUCAAAUAGAGUCUUAGAUUAAGUCCUACU